GCGCUGCUCGCUCGCCCUCGGACUCGGCUCCGGCUGCCAGCGGCCGCCCUGCCUGCGCCCAGCUCCAACCCGCCGGGCUCCCCGCACCGGACCCAGCACCUCGGCUCUCCCGGGCCGGACCGAGGCCGCAAGCAGCGCCGCGGGGUGCGGGGCGGACCCAGGAGAUGAAAUGACAACGUCAACCCUCCAGGUAGAGGAGGGAGCUGACGCUUGAAAAUAUCCAACAGUGUUACCUUUCAUGUCUUCAACCUGAAAGCCAUCGAUCUGGUGACAAAAGCCACAGAAGAGGAUAAAGCCAAGAAUUACGAGGAGGCGCUCCGGCUCUAUCAGCAUGCUGUGGAGUAUUUCCUACACGCUAUCAAAUAUGAGGCACACAGUGACAAGGCCAAGGAGAGCAUCCGAGCCAAGUGCAUGCAGUACCUAGACCGGGCUGAGAAGCUGAAGGAUUAUUUACGAAGCAAAGAGAAGCACAGCAAGAAGCCAGUCAGAGAGUCUCAGAGUGAAAGCAAGGGCAGUGACAGUGACAGCGAAGGGGAUAACCCAGAGAAAAAGAAAUUGCAAGAGCAGCUGAUGGGUGCUGUUGUGAUAGAGAAGCCCAACAUUCGGUGGAAUGAUGUAGCGGGGCUGGAGGGGGCCAAGGAGGCCCUCAAAGAAGCUGUAAUUUUGCCAAUUAAAUUCCCACACUUGUUCACAGGCAAGCGCACCCCUUGGCGAGGGAUACUGCUUUUCGGACCCCCCGGCACAGGGAAGUCCUACCUGGCCAAAGCGGUGGCAACAGAGGCCAGCAACUCCACCUUCUUCUCUGUGUCAUCCUCAGACUUGAUGUCUAAGUGGUUGGGAGAGAGUGAGAAACUGGUCAAGAACCUGUUCGAGCUGGCUCGGCAGCACAAGCCCUCCAUCAUCUUCAUUGACGAGGUGGAUUCCCUCUGUGGAUCCCGCAAUGAAAACGAGAGUGAGGCUGCUCGGAGGAUCAAAACGGAGUUCUUGGUCCAGAUGCAGGGGGUGGGGAACAACAACGAUGGGACUCUGGUUCUCGGCGCCACAAACAUCCCGUGGGUGUUGGACUCGGCCAUUAGGAGGAGGUUUGAAAAGCGCAUUUACAUCCCAUUGCCAGAGGAGGCUGCCCGUGCCCAGAUGUUCCGAUUGCAUCUGGGAAGCACUCCCCACAACCUCACAGAUGCCAACAUCCACGAGCUGGCCCGGAAGACAGAAGGCUACUCAGGAGCAGACAUCAGCGUUAUCGUGCGGGAUUCCCUCAUGCAGCCCGUUAGAAAAGUACAGUCAGCGACACACUUCAAAAAGGUCUGUGGCCCUUCCCGCACCAACCCUAGCAUUAUGAUCGAUGACCUCCUGACCCCGUGCUCACCAGGGGACCCAGGAGCCAUGGAAAUGACUUGGAUGGAUGUCCCGAGUGACAAGCUCUUAGAGCCUGUGGUUUGCAUGUCGGACAUGCUCCGGUCUUUGGCCACCACUCGGCCCACUGUGAAUGCAGAGGACCUCCUGAAAGUGAAGAAAUUCACAGAGGACUUUGGACAGGAGAGUUAAAAUCCUCACUCGGGUGAUGGUGAAGGUGGGAGGCUGGUUGGGGUAAAUCCAUGGCACUUCCCAUGUCAGUGGCCACACAGGGCUCCAGGGCUCAUCCUAAAGUCACUGUAUUGUCCCCUGGCUCUCUGGCCAUCAGCUGGGGAGCAGGAAGGAAUGGCCUCCCUGGCCACAAAGACGCAGAAGCACAUUCGGCACCCAGUGGAUUACUGGCUCUUCCUACUUCCUCUUCUUCUGGAUGCUCGCCAGCUCCUUGUCUCCUGCCCCUCUGUGCGUUUUUUUUAAAUCUUUUGUUCACCUAAAUUAAUGCUGCUUGGAUUUUGUCUUCUUUAUAGAGUUAAAAUCUCCCAGAAGUGUCACGGAGUUGGGGCAGCGGCGCUCUGGGGUCGGUACAGCCGACCUUCAGAUGCGCUUGCCAGCCCCUGCUCCCCACUCCUCCUAGGCCUGUUCCUUGUGAACUAACGGCUGAUGCCCUGGGGCCCCAGCCUGAGCUCUGCCUGCUCAGGCCAAGAGUGAAGCCAAACCAGUCCCACCCUCCAAGGUCAGCAUCCUGGGCCCUGUGUCCUCCCUGCAGGAGGAGAGGAUGGUUUUUGUGAGCACAAAGCUGUGGAGAUCAGCACGAGUGAGGAUCACUGCCGUGUGGAUCGGUCAGGCAGGUUUCCCUGCUCCUGUUCUUCCUUCUGAAUGUGAGAACACAGCCCAGCCGCUGCCCCUGGCUCCCCCCCUGGAAACAGGCUAAUAAAUCCUUCUCCCCUCUGGA